GCUCCUGAUCCAUUUCACUCUGUGAUUGUUUUAGGACAAAAAGGGUCUCUCUUCUCUGGUCUAGACCAGUUCAGCCCUUAAAAGAACUAGUUUCUAAAGAUAUGUUAAAGAAAGAAAAGUUUACUUCCGUCCUUCAUUUGCUGCUCAGUAGAGUUGGAAGUAGUUCCAGAAUUCUUCAAGCUCCAUAAAGAGCAGGUGAUCAAGGUUUCUCACAAGGCAAACGAGGCAGCGCCGCCACCUUAAUUCUCCCAUCAACCCUGGUGCAGAACGAGAGCGAGCGAGAUGGCGUCGAUGUUCCGGAGCGAGGAGAUGUGUCUGACGCAGCUGUUUCUCCAGGUGGAGGCUGCCUAUUGCUGCGUUGCAGAGCUUGGCGAGCUGGGCCUGGUCCAGUUCAGAGAUUUGAAUGUGAAUGUGAACAGCUUCCAGAGAAAGUUUGUGAAUGAAGUCAGAAGAUGUGAAUCUUUGGAGAGGAUCCUCCGCUUUCUAGAAAGUGAAAUGGAAAAUGAGAUUGUGAUCUUCAAACCUGAAAAGUAUCCUGAGACCCCCCUGCCUCGAGAAAUGAUUGAUUUGGAGACAGUUUUGGAGAAACUGGAGGCUGAGCUGCAGGAAGCCACUCAGAACCAGCAAACCUUGAAACAGAAUUUUCUAGAACUGACUGAACUAAAACAUCUCCUGAAGAAAACUCAGGACUUCUUUGAGACAGAAACCAAUCUACCAGAUGAUUUCUUCAACGAAGACACUUCUGGUCUGUUGGAAUUAAGAAGUACUCCGGCCGCAGUGGCUGCAAAGUUGGGAUUCACAGCAGGGGUGAUAAAAAGGGAAAGGAUGGUGCCUUUUGAGCGUUUACUGUGGAGAGCCUGCAGGGGAAACAUCUAUUUGAGGUACACUGAAAUGGACACCGCCCUGGAGGACCCUAUUACAAAGGAACAGAUGAAAAAGAAUGUGUUCAUUAUCUUCUAUCAAGGAGAGCAGCUCAACCAAAAAAUCAAGAAGAUUUGUGAUGGAUUUCGUGCUACAGUAUAUACCUGUCCAGAGUCUGCUGCUGAACGUCGAGAAAUGGCCGAUGGUGUGAACGCAAGGAUUGAGGAUUUAAACGCAGUGAUCACCCAAACGGAAUCGCACCGCCUGCGGCUGCUGCGCGAGGCGGCUGUGAACGUGUGGACUUGGGGGAUCAAGGUGAAGAAAAUCAAAGCCAUCUACCACAUCCUGAAUUGCUGUAACAUUGACGUCACCCAGCAGUGCGUCAUUGCCGAGAUCUGGUUCCCAAUGGCUGACUCCGGCAGGAUAAAAAGAGCUCUCCAGCAGGGAAUGGAACGUAGCGGCUCUACCAUCUCCCCUAUCCUGACUGCAGUACAGUCUAAGAUGGCCCCACCCACCUUCAACAGAACCAACAAGUUCACUGCAGGCUUUCAGAACAUUGUGGAUGCUUAUGGUGUGGGAAGCUACAGGGAGAUGAAUCCAGCUCCAUACACUAUAAUUACCUUCCCCUUCUUGUUCGCGGUGAUGUUUGGAGAUUGUGGCCACGGUGCUGUUAUGCUGGGCUUCGCCCUCUGGAUGGUCACUAACGAGAAGACACUUUUGGCCCAGAAAAGCAAUAAUGAGAUUUGGAACACCUUCUUUGGUGGGCGCUAUCUGAUCCUGCUCAUGGGCAUAUUCUCCAUUUAUACUGGCUUUAUCUACAAUGACUGCUUCUCCAAAUCUUUCAACAUCUUCGGUUCUUCCUGGCAUACCCGCCCCAUGUUUAGAAACAACACGUGGAAUCCACAUGUUCUUGAAGAAAAUCAAGUAUUGCAGUUGGAUCCAGCAGUCCCUGGAGUCUACUCAGGAAAUCCAUAUCCGUUUGGAAUUGAUCCGAUCUGGAACAUUGCUUCAAACAAGCUGACGUUCUUAAACUCCUACAAAAUGAAGAUGUCUGUCGUCAUGGGGAUUACGCAGAUGGUCUUUGGGGUCACACUCAGUCUUUUCAACCACAUCUACUUCAAGAAAACCAUAAACAUCGUCCUGCAGUUCAUUCCAGAGAUGAUCUUUAUCCUCUGCCUGUUUGGUUACCUGGUCUUCAUGGUUAUUUUCAAAUGGUGCCACUUCGACGUCCAUGUAUCCCAGAAAGCACCGAGCAUUCUCAUCCACUUCAUCAACAUGUUUCUGUUUAAUUACAACGAUCCUACAAAUGGCCCCUUAUAUCCGCACCAGGAAGAAGUCCAGAGCUUUCUGGUCAUAUUUGCCCUGAUAGCUGUUCCCUGGAUGCUUCUAUUUAAACCUUUCAUCCUCCGAGCCAAUCACCGGAAAGCUCAGCGUAUGCUCCAGACACCGGCCGUUUCAGAAAACCCUGCUGGUGACAUUGAAGUGGAGAUCAUUGACUCCAAUCACGCCAAGAAAGCUGGUCAGGAAGACCAUAGUGGUGGCCAUGAUGACCAUGAUGAAGAGUUCAAUUUUGGCGAUACGUUUGUCCACCAAGCUAUCCACACUAUUGAAUACUGCCUGGGCUGCAUCUCCAACACGGCAUCCUACCUCCGGCUGUGGGCACUCAGCUUGGCUCAUGCACAGUUAUCAGAGGUCCUCUGGACCAUGGUGAUGAACAUCGGACUCAAGAACAGCGGCUGGGGAGGACUUAUUGGGGUCUUCAUCAUCUUUGCCAUCUUUGCAGUUCUGACUGUAGCUAUUCUGCUGGUCAUGGAGGGCCUCUCUGCCUUCCUGCACGCACUGCGCCUUCACUGGGUGGAGUUCCAGAACAAGUUCUACGUGGGGACAGGUUAUAAGUUUUCUCCAUUCUGCUUUAAGUCUAUCAUAGAUGGAACUGCAGAAGACUAAAGACAACUCAUUGCGAAAACUCUUUACUCCCUGGACCACAUUUUUCAUUCCUUGAAACUGAUUACACUCUGGAAUACAGAAACCUCUUCAAGUGAGCGUCAUAUUCUAUGUAGUUAAAUGGAAUUGUUGCCCUGGCCUAGCACUAGGUACAAACCAGCCACUAUUCUCAUUAAAGGGUUAACUGUGUCAUACUUUAGCAAAAAUGUUAAUCUAAAAGGUGACCAUUUCUACUUAUACAACGCUAAACUGUAAAUCAGCGGAGCAACAGAACAGAGAGACAACACCCAGCAUGUUGGCCAGAUCCUCAGCUGGUGUACACAUGCAUCUCUCCAUUGACGUCAAUGCAGAGUAUCUGGCCCUAUUUGUAGGAGUCAUCUGUCUACUCUUUGAGUUAAAAACAGAGGAUGUGUACUGUUUUGAAAUAAAUUAUUG